ACCCAACGAUUGUAACAUAGUAUAAGGAGUAGGCAUCCAACGUCGACAGUUGCAACUGAGAACUUGUGGAAUACACCUCGCGAACACAGGAUUCGCUCAUUCUCUAAAGUGAAAGGCAACUUUCUUACGCUCAUAACCUUGUUAGCAGCGCGAGAUCAGUCAACACAUAAAACUGAAGUGCGCAAUGUUAUAAUCGGUCAUGUACCACUGAUAAAGUACUCAACGAUCAUCGUGUAUUAUGUACAUCCGCUAUCUUGUACGCGCGGUGUAAACGCCGGCUCGUUCAAUUACUCAAUUGCGACGGCGGACGGAUAAUUUUACAAAGUGUUUCGGCAAGAUGCUGGGAGCGAACGAUAAAAAUGACGCAGCGAGGAUGCUGGACGGCGACUGUAAGAUCCAUGUGCAGGAAUCCGAAAAGUUGUUGGAACCCGAGAAGUCGCGAACCUCGCAAAUGUACAUCGAAUUCAAUGAUCUUUGUUAUUCGGUUCGUCUCAAUCGCAAAGGAACUGAGAAAACGAUUCUACACGAUGUAACGGGGCACUUUGAAUCUGGGAAAUUCACGGUAAUAAUUGGUCCUUCCGGUGCGGGAAAGACCACUCUGUUGAAAAUCGUGUCAGGUAAACGACUGAUGGAUGUUAAAGGCAUCAUCACUGUAAACGGCGUUGAACGAAAUAGAGGGAUGUUCCGCAAACAGGUGUGCUACGUGCCACAACAAUUCGAUCUACUGCCGUUUCUCACAACGCGAGAAACUCUCCAUAUAGCGGCACGAUUGAAACUCAACGUUAAACAGAAUGAAGAAAUUCGUUUAGUUAUAAAUGAUAUUGCAAAAAAUCUUGGCUUGACAAACUGCCUGGACACAUUGGCAAACAAAUUAAGCGGUGGCGAACGGAAAAGACUCUCUAUCGGCGUGGAAAUGAUCACGAAGCCAUCCGUUCUCUUAUUAGACGAGCCAACAAGCGGUCUCGACAGUGUGGCCUCUAAUCAGCUUGUCAACAUGCUGCACAAUAUGGCAAGAGCGAACUGCACUGUGGUUUGUGCGAUACAUCAACCCAACAGUCAGAUGAUUUCGCUCUUCGAUGACAUUAUGGUACUUAAUCGAGGCAGAUGUAUGUACUGCGGUCCAAAGAGCGAGAUCUUGAACGUAUACAGCAUUGCCGGAUUCACGUGUCCCAGCUUCUACAACAUAGCCGAAUUUGUGCUUGAGGUAAUAACCGAGCAGAGAGGUGGAGAUUUAGAAAAUCUAUACAAUGUCUGUCGUGAUGAAUACAAAAAGUUCAGAUCACAAAAUAAACAUAAUGAAAAUGAGUUGGAUUCACUGGCUAAUUCCACGGAAAAAGAUAAAACAGACGAUACAGGUACAUCUACAAAGAGCAUAAUACAAAAAAAGUCAACGUGGCAGCAGCAGAAGGCUUUAAUUUCACGUGCUCUAAUCUGCAUCAAGCGAGAUACUAAUCUGACAAAAUUAAGACUUGCGGGGCACAUCGUAGUCGCGCUUUUAUUAGGAGCAGUUUUCUAUAAUUUCGGUAACGACGCGGGAAAAGCGGACAGCAACGUUGGUUGCUUAUUUUUCUUCCUGUUAUAUUUAUUCUUUGCAAAUUCUAUGCCGGCAGUGCUAACGAUUCCUACAGAAGCGGCAGUAUUCCUGCAGGAACAUUUAAAUAACUGGUACUCUUUGAGAUCCUACUAUAGCAUAAAAGUAUUAACGGAUCUUCCAAUGCAGAUACUUUGCACCUCAAUUUUCCUGUUUAUAGCAUACUAUAUGACAGGACAACCAAUGGAAUAUGAUAGAAUUUUACAGUCGUGGGGCGUUUGCUUAUUAACUACAAUUCUUGGACAAACAGUCGGAAUACUCAUAGGCACAGUUUUUGGUACUGAGUUAGGUGUAUUUUUAAUACCGGCAACCAUAAUACCAUUAAUGCUGGUUGCUGGAUUUUUCUUGAAAUUAGGACAAAUGCCCAUGUAUCUGAAGCCUUUCAGCUAUAUGAGCUGUUUCAGAUAUGCAUUUGAAGGAUUAUUGCAGGCGGUCUAUCUUAACCGACCAAAUCUAUCAUGCUCUGAAAUCUAUUGUCACUGGCGUUCGUCGAAAAAAAUUCUCGAAAUGAUGGAUGUGCCAACAAUGUCAUUUUAUGUAAUUCUGAUAAUACUUGGCUUUUUGAUACUUUGUAUGCACGUGAUCACUUAUGCAGUACUUUGUUGGAAAAUUCAUUAUGCAAAAAAAUGAUGUACUUAAUUUAUAUUCGUAUUAAAUCUGAAAGUAUUCUCAAA